CAAGUUGUCCCCUGGCUUCCUCAGGGUCAAAGUCAGAGUGGUGGCCAUGGUCCUGGGGGCGGCAAGAAGGAUGACAAGGACAAGAAAAAGAAAUAUGAACCUCCUGUCCCAACUAGAGUCGGGAAAAAGAAGAAGAAAACAAAGGGGCCAGAUGCUGCCAGCAAACUGCCACUGGUAACGCCUCACACCCAGUGCCGCCUGAAAUUACUGAAGCUAGAGAGAAUAAAAGACUAUCUCCUCAUGGAGGAAGAAUUCAUUAGAAAUCAGGAACAGAUGAAACCGUUAGAAGAAAAACAAGAGGAGGAGAGAUCAAAAGUGGAUGAUCUCAGGGGGACUCCCAUGUCUGUAGGAACCUUGGAAGAGAUCAUUGAUGAUAAUCACGCCAUCGUGUCCACAUCUGUGGGCUCAGAACACUACGUCAGCAUCCUGUCAUUUGUGGACAAGGAUCUGCUGGAACCGGGCUGUUCAGUCCUACUCAACCACAAGGUGCAUGCUGUGAUCGGGGUGCUAAUGGACGACACUGAUCCCCUGGUCACAGUAAUGAAAGUGGAAAAGGCCCCCCAGGAGACCUACGCAGAUAUUGGGGGACUGGACAACCAAAUCCAGGAAAUUAAGGAAUCUGUGGAGCUUCCUCUUACCCACCCUGAGUAUUAUGAAGAGAUGGGGAUAAAGCCCCCUAAGGGGGUCAUUCUCUAUGGUCCACCAGGAACAGGUAAAACAUUAUUGGCCAAAGCAGUAGCAAACCAGACGUCAGCCACUUUCCUGAGAGUGGUUGGCUCAGAGCUUAUUCAGAAGUACCUAGGUGACGGACCCAAACUCGUUCGGGAACUGUUCCGAGUUGCUGAAGAACAUGCACCUUCCAUUGUGUUUAUUGAUGAAAUUGAUGCCAUUGGGACCAAAAGAUAUGAUUCAAACUCUGGAGGUGAGAGAGAAAUUCAGCUAACAGUGUUGGAGCAGGUGAACCAGUUGAAUGGAUUUGACUUGAGGGGAGAUGUAGAAGUUAUCAUGGCCACAAACCAAAUAGAGACUUUGGGUCCAGCACUUAUCAGACCAGGCCGCAUUGACAGAAAGAUCGAGUUCCCCCUGCCUGAUGAAAAGACUGAGAAGCGCAUCUUCCAGAUUCAUACAAGCAGGAUGACAAUGGCUAAUGAUAUAACCUUGGAUGACCUGAUGACGGCAAAGGGUGACCUCUCUGGGGCUGACAUCAAGGCAAUCUGUACAGAAGCCGGCUUGAUGGCCUUGCAGGAAUGCAGAAUGAAAUUAACAAAUGAAGAAUUUAAAAAGUCUAAAGAGAAUGUUCUUUAUAAGAAACAAGAAGGCACCCCUGAGGGGCUAUAUCUCUAG